GCACAAGACAAACAUACAGUUUAUUUUAUAAAACGAAACGUUUCGCAAAUCCUGCACAAUGGAACCCAUAAAGUUUGAACAGUUUCUACGAUUUUUAAAGUUUCAGAAAUGGUUCUGCUUGCAACAUAUGCAUAUCGGGCGCGACGAAUUCGGUCGAUUGUGUAAUAAAACACAAAGUGUAUUUUAUGGAACAUUGGUCCUUCAUGUUUGUUUUUUCGCUGGCAUAUUCACAGACGUGGUUAGAGGAGUGCUUCUAGGCCUACCAUCUAAUCCCAAUCUACCAGUGUUAUUUAUCGGUAUAUUCUUCACAGUACGUGGUGUAAUGAUUUAUGUCAAGCACGCCGAUAUAUUUGAAUUUCUCAAUAUCUUGGACGAAGAAUUUCCCCAUGAUUUAGCAGCCCAACAAGCAAUGCGUGCUCCCCAAAUUUUCGAACGAUUUCAAGUGCGUUAUAAUUAUGUGGCGUAUAUCAUACAAUCGGCCAUAGUUGGUUUCUGUGCUGUGCCUCCCAUUGUCUACGCCUUCACCCGAGAUGUGAAUGGACCCAUCCGAGAGGAGCAACAACUUCUGGGUGGUUGGCUGCCAUUUGGCAUUCGGGAAAAUCACAAUUUAUAUGUCUUGGCCUGGCUUUACGAUAUCAUGUGUUCGUGCAGUGGAACUGCCUAUUUCUGCACCUUUGAUACUAUAUUCAAUACAAUGAUUCUACACAUCAUAAUGCAUCUGGAUGACUUGGCUUGGCAGCUGCAGACUCUUGACUUAACAACUGAAGCUCAUUCUGAAAUCUACAAACAGUUUUGUCGCCUGAUUCAUCGACAUCGAUAUCUCAAUUCGUUUUGCGACAAGUUCAACAGCAUCUUUAAUUUGUCCGUCAUGAUUACCGAUUUAGUUGCCGCAGCAGCUAUAUGUUUUCAUUUGUAUUUAGUCACAGAGACGCAGGAUUUUAUAAUGAAGUCAAGGUAUCUGAUGGUGGGCGUGGCCUUGGUGGCCUUUACCUAUGAAAUUUGCCUUCGUGGCACACAGCUGGAGGAGGCCGUAAGUUAUAAAUAAAUAUCUUAUAUUUGCUUGUUCAGUUUCUUUUCUUAGUCCUCGCAGUUGAAUGGCAUCCUUUACAAUCAGAGCUGGUAUGUGUGCGAUAAGCGAACACGUAAAUUGAUCCUAAUGUGGAUUAAGUAUACGCAGCGUACCAAAAAAUUAAAUGCCUUUGGUUUGAUGGAGCUCAAUAUGGUGCAUUUUUCGCAGAUCAUGAAUCUGGCCUACAGGCUUUUUGCUUUUCUAAAGUCCGCUUAAAAGAUUUAAAUUGCUGUAAAUUAUAAAUUUGUAUUUCUUGCACUCGAGUUAAAUAAAUAAACUUCAAGACGAUUUUUUGUUAUUAUUAUAUUUAGUUACUUAUCAUAGUUUGUGUUCACGAUUACAUAGAAUUUGUAUUUAGUACAUAUAAAGAUAUCUAGCGAACUAGUAUUAAUAUCCCAUUUACAUACAUAUCAUUCAUUAUCAACAUCAUAAAACAUUUGCUCUCUUGGUGAUUUUGACCAGCAAAUAAAAAACAGCUUUUGAAUUCGUGGGUUUAUGUGGAGUAUAAGAUACAAGAUAAGAGAAGAAGGGGGGGUGGAUGUGCGAU